CACUCCAGAGCUGGGUGAAGUUGAGUGAGUCACUCGCGCGCCCUGACCGACGACACCCCCGCGCGCGCACACGCUCUCGGACGGGACGCAGCCAGCCUCCCGCGCAGCUCCCCUUGGCCGCCGUGGGCCUCUGCCGGCCUCCAGGCCCCCUCGUCGCCAGGCCGGCCAGAGCCACAUCUGGCCCGCACCACUGGCUGGCGCGCGAGGCGCAGGGGUCCCGACGGGGCGCAGAGCAGAGGCACAAUCCGGGAUCCGGGUUGGUCUAUGCCCAGCGGCGGGAGCUGCCAUGGGUCGGGGGCUGCUCCGGGGCCUGUGGCCACUGCACGUCGUGCUGUGGACGCGCAUCGCCAGCACCAUCCCGCCACACCUUCCCAAACCGGUUAAUGAUGACGUGAUGGCCAGUGACGACAAUGGUGAGGUCAAGAUUUCACAGCUGUGUAAGUUUUGUGAUGUGAGAACUUCCACCUGUGACAACCAGAAAUCUUGCAUGAGCAACUGCAGCAUCACAGCCAUCUGUGAGAAUCCAAAUGAAGUUUGUGUGGCCGUUUGGAGGAAGAAUGAUGAGAACAUAACUCUAGAGACGGUUUGCCAUGACCCCAAGUUCACCUACCAUGGAUUUCCUCUGGAAGAUUCUUCUUCUACAAAAUGUAUUAUGAAGGAAAGAAAAGUGCUUGGUGAGACUUUCUUUAUGUGUUCCUGUAGUGCAGAAGAGUGCAAUGACCACAUCAUCUUCUCAGAGGAAUAUACCUCCAGCAGCCCAGACUUGUUAUCGGUCAUAGUCCAGGUGACCGGAGUCAGCCUCCUGCCUCCCCUGGGUGUUGCCAUCGCUGUCAUCGUCACGUUCUACUGCUACCGUGUUCACCGGCAGCAGAAGUUGAGCCCGUCCUGGGAGAGCAGCAAGGCUCGCAAGCUCAUGGAAUUCAGUGACCACUGCGCCAUCAUCCUGGAAGAUGACCGCUCCGACAUCAGCUCCACAUGCGCCAACAACAUCAACCACAACACCGAGCUGCUGCCCAUCGAACUGGACACCCUGGUGGGCAAAGGGCGCUUUGCCGAAGUCUACAAGGCCAAGCUGAAGCAGAACACUUCAGAGCAGUUUGAGACUGUGGCUGUCAAGAUCUUCCCCUAUGAGGAGUAUGCUUCCUGGAAGACGGAGAAGGACAUCUUUUCAGACAUCAACCUGAAGCAUGAGAACAUCCUGCAGUUCCUGACAGCCGAGGAGCGGAAGACGGAGCUGGGGAAGCAGUACUGGCUGAUCACCGCCUUCCACGCGAAGGGCAACCUGCAGGAGUACCUCACCCGGCAUGUCAUCAGCUGGGAGGACCUGUGUAAGCUGGGCAGCUCCCUGGCCCGGGGCAUCGCCCACCUGCACAGUGACCACACCCCAUGUGGGAGGCCCAAGGUGCCCAUUGUGCACAGGGAUCUCAAGAGCUCCAACAUCCUGGUGAAGAAUGACCUAACCUGUUGCCUGUGUGACUUCGGGUUGUCGCUGCGGCUGGACCCUACUCUGUCCGUAGAUGACCUGGCCAAUAGUGGACAGGUGGGAACUGCAAGAUACAUGGCCCCAGAAGUCCUAGAGUCCAGGAUGAAUUUGGAGAAUGUUGAGUCCUUCAAGCAGACAGAUGUAUACUCUAUGGCCCUGGUGCUCUGGGAGAUGACAUCUCGCUGUAAUGCGGUGGGAGAAGUCAAAGACUACGAGCCUCCCUUUGGCUCCAAGGUGCGGGAGCACCCCUGUGUAGAAAGCAUGAAGGACAAUGUGCUGAGGGAUCGAGGGCGGCCAGAGAUCCCCAGCUUCUGGCUCAGCCACCAGGGCAUCCAGACAGUGUGUGAAACGCUGACGGAGUGCUGGGACCAUGACCCAGAGGCCCGUCUCACUGCGCAAUGUGUGGCCGAACGCUUCAGUGAGCUGGAACAUCUGGACAGACUAUCGGGGAGGAGUUGCUCUGAGGAGAAGAUUCCAGAAGAUGGCUCACUGAACACUACCAAAUAGCUCUUCCUGUGGCCAGGCCAGGCUCAGAGAGGCUGUGUCAUUACCAAAGAGCAGAGGCAACAGGAAACUGCCCUGAACUGAUGCUUUCUGGAAAAGGCAUCCCUCACUCCCUCCCUGUGAGCCGUAGGGUGAGCAGAGCCAGCAGAGACCCAGAGUGAGUGUCAGAAAGCAUUCGUUGCCUUUGACCUUGUGAUAGGAUAAACUGUGUUAGCACUUCCUCAGGAAAAUAAGAUUGAUAUUUUUACAAUAGCCAAUAACAUUUGCACUUUAUUAAUGCCUGUAUAUAAAUAAGGAAUAGCUAUGUUUUAUACAUAUAUCUAUAUAUCUAUGUCUAUAUAUGUCUUUAUCUAUAUAUACAUAUAUCUAUGUCACUAUAACCCUACUCUGAAAAGAGACAAGGAAAAAGAUCAAAUAGUUCCAGAAAAUGGUUUUUAUUGGAGCUGUUGAGUGAGAAGGACGGGAUUCAAGAUAAUAUUGGCACUUGACAAUCACAUACACCAGGGCUCUCUAACUAUAGGAUGGGAGAUCUUUGCAGAAGUAGAUCAUUCCUCAAAUCCUGCUUUGUUAUAUUUAAUUUUCUUUUGCAAUAAUUACACAUUUUCUUUUGUGAUAAUUAGUCCCAGCAUGAGAGUUCUUCCCUGGCCACUGAGCUAAAUACAGUUGCACUGUUUGAGGAUCAUUAUUCCCUGAGUUCCCUCAUGCUGUUGUUUCUUCUGGGAUUUGCUCUUGGUCCUCACACCAUACAACUGGUGAAUCUUGCUCAACCUAGUUCAGAAAACUCAGUCCUUGCUAGGACUUUGAAUGUGUUUCACAGGUGUAGGAGAUUAGGAUAAUUUCUAUCUGUGAAAAUGUCACAUCAUCUAUUAAUAAGGCUGUUCUUUUUCACCUCCCCUAUACUUAUGCCACCAUAGCCCACUCCCAGCCUUUAUUCUUUCCUAAGAGGGAACAGACUUUCCCACCUCUCUUUCCCCACCUCUGGGGCGCAUUGCAUGUAACUUUUUUCACACUUCUGCUUUGUCUCCAGCUUGCUAUGCAAACACCAAGGGGUUCUGCUUUCAACACAGUACAUUCUGUCCUAGUGGAGGAUUUGAGCACAAUACUGCCACUCCUCAGGCACCUUAAAUAAACAUUUAGCUUGGCCAUUUACAUAUUUUUGAAAGAGUGAGCCAUUUAAAAAAUAGUUGAAGAGUUUGCAGAAUCUGGAACCCAGGUUAGGCUAGCAAAUUGUUUCCAGUUUGGUGAGUCUGUACCAGUUCACUUCAAAAACUGCCUUACUCCUUGAUGAUUCCUGCCACCCAUGCCCAGCCCAGUCUAGGGAUGAAAACUGCCCCUAACCAAAAUCCCUGUAGGAAAUCCGGGUACUCAGGCAAGCCCUUCUCUGGCUGCAGAAUUGUAUUGGACUGCCUUUUCUGGUGAUAAUAUUCUAAGUUAACCGUUUAUUAGACUAAAGGGGAUCUCCCCUUUGCCCAUGUGAUCCUGAUCAACUCAGGUCUCCUUUCUUCCCUUUGCAUGUGAGUGGCAACGCUUUCUCCAAGAAGCCUUGGUAGGGUUGCCAGUGGCUACAUGAUGGUGGUUUUCCUCCCCUAUGCAGAAAUCGCUAGCAAGGACUUGAACGUGGGACUCAGAGUCUCAUUUGCAGUUAGGAAAUCAAUGUUCACUGGGACAAGAGCAAAAUAUGAGCUUUAAUCCUCUAUAGAAAAUUGUUAGUCCAUGAACAAAUGUUAAUGCUGCAAGCAACAAUGUCAUCUUAAAAAAAUGUUUUAAAGCUACUUAUUUUCAGCCAAGUAGGAAUAUAACUGACCAGCUGCUUGGAUUGUGGGAGGACUCAUCUCAGUGAGGUGUUACAGUACAUGAUGGAUUUGGGGUAGACAUUGAGUACCUUGCUUAGUGAGGGUGUGCCUGGAAAGCUCAGGACAUUGGCUGAGCCAGUGCCUAUAUGCCCUAGAGGCCCAGGAAUUCCACUUGUCCCUAGAGCUUGCCAGGCCAGUAGCUGUGGCUCAUUGACCUCUAGUGGUGAAAUCUAAAAUACUGGUCCACUACGGGAUUCCCUGGAUGCAAGAGGGUUUUUCCUUCCAGGUCAUGAGUGUAAACUGGAACAUAUAGUGUCAGAUAAUACUAUAGCUUGUUUUCUUGAUUUUUUUUUUCUUAUCCGAGAAAAUGACCAAGGAAUAACAUUCUGUAGUUCCUAAAAAUACUGACUUUUCUUCACUACUCUACAUAAAGGGACCGUUUUAUUCUUUUAUGGGAUACUUCAGUCAUACUCAUGUAUUAAAAUAGGAAUGUGAAUGCGUAGUACUCAACAAUACCAAGCACUUAUUUCCAUUCUAUGCAUUGUCUUUUAUAUAAGUAAAAUGUUUAUUAGAUUGAAUAAAGCAAAGUGCUCAGGU